AUUGUGGCGGUGUAUACAACAAGCCUGUCCGCUCCCAUUCAUGCAUAGUGUAGAGCGCUCUUCGCCAAGAACUAACCGAACCGAGCCAAGCCGAACCGUGCCACGUCCGCGUCAAAACGUGACUGUUAGCAAAGGGCUGUGACCCUGCACUGUAGUAGUCACCAUGGCAGAAGCUCACCAGGCAGUGGCCUUCCAGUUCACCGUGGGCCCGGAUGGCAUCGACCUACAUCUCUGCCAUGAAGCUCUACGCCAGGUCUACCUCUCUGGCCUCCACUCCUGGAAGAAAAGGUUCAUUCGCUUCAAGAAUGGGGUAAUGACUGGGGUGUACCCGGGCAGCCCUGCUGGCUUCAUGAUAGUGGUCGGGUCCUACAUGUCCUACAAUAAAUACCAACAGCUGGAUCCCUCUCUGGGGUUGGUAGCUAAGCUGGGCCAACACAUACCUAUCAGCCAGUAUAUGUCCACAGACAGCCAGAGGAUGGUUGGGGGAGUUCUUGUGGGCACGGGUCUGUGGAUCACCAUAAUCAUGAUUAUGAGAAAUACCCUUAAGUGCCUGUUAUCGUGGCAUGGCUGGAUGCAUUCACGCCACGGCUCUUUGUCCUGGUCCACUCGUGUGUGGAUGGUAUUAGUGAAGGUGUUCUCUGGCAGGAAACCAAUGCUCUACAGUUUCCAGAACUCUCUACCACGGUUACCUGUUCCCUCUGUGAAGGGCACAUGCAGAAGGUACCUGGAAUCAGUGCGCCCACUGAUGGAUGAUGAGAAGUUUGAACGAAUGACGGGCUUGGCGAAAGAAUUUGAGAAGAACCUGGGACCGAGGUUGCAGUGGUACCUCAAACUCAAGUCGUGGUGGAGCUCCAACUAUGUUAGUGACUGGUGGGAAGAGUAUGUUUACCUCAGAGGCCGUGGACCCAUCAUGGUAAACAGCAACUAUUAUGCCAUGGACUUUUUGUAUGUGUUCCCCACAUCCAUCCAGGCUGCUAGGGCAGGUAAUGCCAUCCAUGCCAUCAUGCUCUACCGGAGAAAACUGGACAGAGCCCAGAUCAAACCACUCAUGCUCCUACACACUAUUCCCAUGUGCUCAGCCCAAUACGAGCGUAUGUUCAACACCAGUCGUGUUCCAGGUGUUGACACAGACAACCUUCAGCACAUGAAUGACAGCAAACACAUCGCCGUGUACCACAAGGGCCGCUUCUUCAAGGUGUGGAUGUUUUAUGAUGGACGACUGCUGUUGCCACGGGAGAUUGAGCAGCAGAUGGAGAGGAUCUUGGCCGACAAAUCGGAGCCCCUGCCAGGGGAGGAGAGUCUAGCUGCACUUACUGCAGGGGAAAGGACUCCAUGGGCAAAGGCCCGUGAAGCCUUCUUCAGCCGUGGUAAGAACAAGCAGUCUCUGGACGCCAUUGAGAAGGCAGCCUUCUUCGUAACCCUCGAUGACACCGAGCAGCGCUUCGAGGUAGACAAUCCAGUCAAGUCUCUGGACAGCUACACAAAAUCCCUGCUCCACGGAAAGUGCUACGACAGGUGGUUUGACAAAUCCUUUAACCUGAUAGUGUUCAAAAACGGCACCAUGGGGUUGAACGCAGAGCAUUCCUGGGCUGAUGCUCCAAUCAUUGGUCAUCUGUGGGAGCAUGUCCUCUACAUGGACCCAAUCAAGCUGGGAUAUAACGAGGACGGUCACUGCCGUGGCAAGCCCCACCCCAACCUGCCCGGUCCUCUGAGACUGCAGUGGGACAUCCCUGCUGAAUGCCAGGAAACCAUCCAGAGCUCUCUGACAGUAGCCAGAGCUCUAGCAGAUGAUGUGGACUGUCACAUUAUCCCCUUCUCUGACUUUGGAAAGGGUCUGAUAAAGAAGUGUCGCACCAGUCCAGAUGCCUUCAUCCAGAUCGCUCUACAGCUGGCUCAUUACAGGGACAAAAAGAAGUUCUGCCUGACUUACGAAGCCUCCAUGACGCGUUUGUUCCGCGAGGGCCGAACAGAAACUGUGCGCUCCUGUACGACGGAAACCUGUGCCUUUGUCCGCGCCAUGAUCAGAGACGAGACAAGGGAAGAGCGUCUUAAGUUGCUGAAGCUGGCAGCAGAGAAGCACCAAAACAUGUACCGCCUGGCUAUGACAGGGAAGGGAAUCGAUCGCCACUUGUUCUGUCUCUAUGUGGUUUCUAAAUACUUGGGAGAAGACUCACCUUUCCUCAAAGAGGUCUUGUCUGAGCCAUGGAGGCUGUCCACCAGUCAGACUCCUCUGCAGCAGACUGAGCUCUUUGACCUGGUCAGACACCCAGAGUACGUGUCCUCUGGGGGUGGAUUUGGGCCGGUGGCUGAUGACGGUUAUGGCGUCUCCUACAUCAUUGUUGGCGAGAACCUCAUCAACUUCCAUAUCUCCAGCAAACACUCAAGCCCGGAGACUGACUCGCACCGUUUUGGCACCAACAUCAAACAGGCCAUGCUGGAUAUACUCGGUCUCUUCCAGCUCAACAACAAAGCCAUUUGAUUCUCCUCUACAUGGCUGCAAAAACUUAGGAUGCUGUUUUUAGCAAAAAAAAACAAAAACAUUUAUUCUCCCUCAGAUACAGUAUGUACAGAACAAAUGUUGGAUUUUUGGAUUAUUUUACAGCCUAGAUGAUGUUAAAGAUAUUUGGAAAUAUUGCCGUCAAUGUUUAUGAUGCUUUUAUGUGUACUGUAGGCAUAGGGAGGGAGGGUGAGAUUCUGAUGAUAGAGGGUACAGGUAGUCGACGGAUUCAAGUUUUAAUUUACAAUAAUUUACACACACAGAUGCCUAAUGUAUAAUGAGUUUGAAAUGAUUAAUGUAAAAAGGGCAGACAGGACAUUAGAUUCUAAUCCCACAGGAACAGACAUUUCAGCUAAAGGAUUGUUCAGUCGCAUCGUCCCAUAUUUGAAUAAAAUCUUAACUUGA